AUGAUGGCGCGCGUCACGGACAGUGGAGUUGUUUCAGAGGCACUCGUAGUGGCCAACGGAGUACAACAGGGCUGUCUCCUCGCACUUACCCUGUUCAGCCCCAUGUUCACUGCCAUGCUGAUGGACGCUUACCGUGACGAACGCCCUAGGAACCGCAUCGCCUACUGGACGGACGGCGACCUCCACAACCGUCGGCGGAUGCACUCCCAGUCACGUGUAUCCACAACUUUCGCCCAUGAACUUCUCUUCGCCGACGACUGUGCCCCCAGCAGAACCCCCGAAGGUGACAUGCAAGGGAGCAUUGACCUCUUCGUCUCCGCCUGCGACAAAUUCGGCCUAGUCAUGAACAGGGAGAAGGCGGUGGUCAUGCAUCGAACUCAGCGCGACGUCGCGUACAUCGCACCCAAAUCGACGCGAACGGCGUUUAAUCGCAAGUCGUGGAAAACUUCCUCUACCCGAGCAGUACCCUAUCCAGCACCAAUAAGACUGAUGAUGAAGUGGCCCGCCGGAUUUCCCAAAACAACCAAAAAUUCGGCCGUCAGCAAAAUCCCGUUUGAAACCGUUAUGGUCUCCCUCUCAAUGCCAAGCUGGAGAGGUAGAAGGCAGGCAUCCUGCCGACGCUGCUGCAUGGAGCGGAUACCUGUACGGUCUAGAAGAAGAGGGCGCGGAGACCCAAUCCUUUCCGCCUCGGCUGUCUUCGACGGAUAUUGA